AUAAUUAAGAUAACAAAUGGAAUCGAUUUAUUGAAUAAGAGUUUGCAUUCUUUGGUUUGUGACAAAUACGAAGACUUAUUGUCCGAAUUGAACAAAAUGGACACUUUGGAGGAAGUGCUUCGUGUGAUCCAAACCAGAAUUGAAUGCCUAUUAACAGCCGUUUAUAAGAUUAGGUCCAAACUCGUGGACCCUUACGAUCGCAUUUGUCAACAGAUUGUGGUUUUAAAUCGUCUCCAAAAGACAUGUGAUUUAUUGCGGCGAACGAUACGUAUUAUUCAUUUGAUUAAACGCUUGAAUGACAACCGAUUUGAUGCCACAGACGGACCACUGAUGGCCCGACAACUCACUAAAACGGCUCAAUAUAUCUCACAAAUCGAUUCCAUUGUCAACGAAGACACUAACGGCUCGCUUAACAAAAUCAAUGUAAUCAGAGAUGACUUGAAAAGUGUUGUCGGAGUGAGAAAUACACUCAUCAUAAGUGCGGAUCAACUCUUCUCUAUAGGACUGGCAGAACAAGACAGCAAUCAAUUGGGUUCCGCUCUUCAGGUUUACUAUAGUUUAAGAAUUUUAGACCAAAAGAUUCGCCAAAUUAUUGAUGAAAAACAGGAGUAUAUGAGGAAAGCAGUGAAUGAAGCGACAGAUGUGUCCGCUUUGAAUCAAAACCGGAGUUCAGGUCCCGGAAGAGUUGUCAUACCAAUGACUAUCGCACAGAACAGCUCUCUUCGGUCAACACUUCGACAAAACAUUGAGACACUUAUUGAUAAUAUAUACAACACUUUCAGUCAAAUCAGUUUAAUUUACAGAUUAGUUAAGAAGAGGAGAGACACUUUAACCAACUCUUGUCUUAUCGAUCAAUUGAAUCAAACCGAUAGCGAAGGACUCAAUCAUUUCUGGACUUUUGUGACCAAAACAUUGUCGGAACAGCUCUGCAAAGUGGCCAACGAUUCUCAAACCAUACGACAGGCGCUCGAAACAGAAUAUCCUAAUUAUUUAAACUCUUUUAGCGAACUCUGGAAACGUAUCUCUCGUGACCACAAAGACAUCAAUGCAGAGAAAGUGUUGCGAUCAUCGAUGCAAGCCUUUGAGAGCGCAUACCUCUCCCGUUCCCUCUCUCUUCUCUUUGAUUCGGUGAACAAAGUGUUUGCCGACGCAAAAGAGCCGUCACUUAAUCCAAACGCUGAGUCUAUAUAUACAGCAAAUGUUCCCUCAGAGAAGGACAUCGAUCUCAUCAUAAGACACAUUUCAACUGAAUUGCACGCCAGCGCUGUUGACCACAUGUUAUGCCAAUCUGUGGCCAAGAAUGUGACCAAAACUAUCAAUUUGUUUGUCCAAAAGUGCGAACAACUCAACUCAACUGAUGGUCACUCAACUCAAGUGAUCGGUCCCUUCACUCCCAGCCAAAGACUAAAUGCUGCGAUUGUGGACAGAUUGCAGAUGUUUCGCAUGAAAAUCAAUAAACUUUUGGUCACUUCCAACUGUCCCAUCGAUUGUCUUAAACUAGUUGAGCAAUCGUUGUUUCCCAUCGAGAACCUGAUGUUUAAUACAUUGAAUCCAUUCUUCGAGAGCAUAACCGAUGCCAUCGAAGCAAUUCUGUUGACAAUGCAUUCGGAAAACUAUAGCGAUACGGAUAGAGUGGCCAACCGUACGAUUCAACUGUUUUUAAGACAAAUAACACUAAUAAGACCGCUAUCGAAAAGGGGUCGCAUGAGAAUCGCUGCCGACUUCGCGCAGUUGGAAAUGGCGUUAACACCGCUCUGUAAUCCUAUCGGACGUCUGGGCCGUCAGUACCGUAUUCUGCGCUCAUUCAAGCCAUUGCUCUUCCAAAGCGCCGAAUCCAUUGCCAAAUCGGGUGCCGUCGGAGAUCUCAUUCCGUAUUCUCUUAUUCUUGAAUUCUUGAUCUCUAAUUACGCUCCGAAUGACAUCAAGAGUAGCCAUCAAUACAUGAAUUGGUCGCUCACGAGUUCGUUGUGCGCGAUGUCUAAAUUUCUGGCCACAGAUCGGUGCCAUAAUAUCAUCGACCGAUGUCUUCAACUCUUUGGAGGUUAUGGAUAUCUAAAGGAUUAUCCGAUUCAACAGCUAUUGAGAGAUACGAGAGUUCACCGAAUCCUUGAGGGAACCAAUGAAAUAAUGAAAGUGAUUAUCGCUAAAGACUUGAUUGAUAAACACAUUGAAUCGCAUAUCAAUCGUAAUUUUACAAAAACCACAUCUAAUAACGGAUUACCAAAUGAUAAAAGUAGUGAACACUUGAGAGAACACACGAGUGCCGCAUAUUCUUCUUGA